AUGAGAAAAUAUUCAUAUGGUAAACAAUAUGAACAACUAUUAGAAACAGCUGAACUAAUAGAAGAAGAUAUUUUACAACCGAAACAAUUCCAUAUUACUCGUUUUGUUAGUUCAGAAUGUCGUGUUUAUGAAACUAUGAUGAGAGACUGGUCAACAUUGUAUGAAUUACAUGAACAAGAUAGUAUUGUUAAUGCACUAACUGGUGGUAAUUUAAGUGCACGAAGUCGACACAAUAUUAAUUCACAACAAACUGGUGCUGACGAUAAUGGUACUUUACAGAUUGAAGAAAUUAAAUCCGUCGAUUUUGUUUGCAAACUUGUAGGAUUAAUUGAUAUAUACAAUAUCAUUGUGAAAGCAUCGGUAUUUGUACAAAACGUUGAUAAAUAUCCAUGGGAAUAUGAUGAUGCAAUACGACGUUUAAAAGAAUGUUUAAAUAAUUAUGCUAGGCUACUUGAACAACUUGAUCUAAAUACAACACAAGAAAUGGAUAGCAUUGAAGAAUAUCAACAAGAUUCACCAAUUACUUCGCACAUCACAACAACAACCAUUGAUGAUGAUGUUUAUGAUAACAUUGAUAUUGAGAGAGACGAAGAAGAACUGAUUUCAGCAACACCAUCAACAACGUAUAUGGAACAACAUUAUCAGAGUCUCUUUAAUUGUAUAUUUCGAGAACGUCCCAUCACUAGACGUAAAGGUGAUUAUGAUAUAGAAGAUCCAACUUCACGUGUUCGAGAAAAAUUAAUUGUAUUAUGUAAAGAACUAAUUGAAGCAAUUGAAACCCGUUUUAAAGAUACACCAUCAAUUUUUCUGUUGAUGAAAAACUGUUUAGAUGUAUCGUCAUUAUACGAACAGGUGGUAUUAACUGGUCAACAGAAAUUAGCAGAUUAUGGUCGGUCGGCUUUACAAGAAUUAAUUGAUUUUACAACACUGAACUCGAAAUACGUAAAAAUAGAUGCAACUGCUAUACAACAACAAUAUGCGGAAUGGAAACAAAGAUGUUUACUUGAAAUUGAAGAUAAAGAUACAUUUGAUAUAUGGACAACAAAUGGGAAAAUAAUUACACCGAAAGUAAUGAAAACAUUUUAUACAAAUAAAAAACUAGCAGAUGGUAUUCAUGAUUUUUUAUACUUCUAUUCUUUGAUGAUAUUGAAAAUUAGAAGUGAAGCAGUCUGUGAAUCAGUGUCGUCAAUUUUAAAAGGACACAUUCACAAUAAUCGUUCAUUACAACACACUUCGUUAGAUGAAGAAGUAAUGUUGCACUGGAAUGCACCACCAUUACAUUCAGCUGAUUUAUUCAUUACAAGUUCACUCAAUGAAUACUUUAGUCAUACGAAGGAUAGACAAUGGCUAUUUUAUAAAAAAAGUGAACAAUAUCAAGUUUGGAAACUUGUUUCUCCUGGCUCAGUUGUUUUAAAUCGUUUACGUAAAGUACAAGUUGGAAGAUUACCUGAACCAGAUGAUAUUGAAUAA